CUACUUAGAACAAGCACUGCAUCUUUAAUACCGCCAACUCGAUAACAAGAAUGGCUGCGAGAUGUGACUCCUCGUCGUUCAAUAUAAAGUGUCUCGACAACCUAGCUGCCCAUCAGUCAGAAGGCGUGCCUUGAUGGAAUAUGGACACGCACUACUCCCGAUAUUACGCUACUGCAGGCGACACAUAUCUUGGCUCAUAACCACAUUUCAGAGAGGAUUUUCUGCCCGGCCGAUACCUGAAUACCCCAUGCCAUUCUUCGACAUUGUCGUCGUAGGUUCUGGCGGCGGCGUUGACGAGACUAACCUAUCUGGGUACGUAUAUAGUAUUGGAUGUUUACUCGACUAUUAUUUCGCGCGUCUUGUCUUCCUCAGAUAUUUGCUGAAACCUUGCGACACAUCUUGGGAUGAUGGCAUUAUUGCACUGGAAGCAGGCUCAGGACACGGAGCGCUCGCACAUAUCUUGAAACGGAAUCCGAGCCUCUUCGGUCAAGCCAUUGCAAAUGGGGAUGAUCCCUCGAAGAGAGCCACACCCUUCGCAAUAUACUCCAACGUUCAGUGUUUCCUGAUCACGCAUGCGCAUCUUGACCACAUAAGCAGCCUCGUUUUGUCCGCGGGUACUAUGGGUGGUGGCAGAAAGUACAUAUAUGGGUCUCCACAGACGCUCAAAGAUCUCGAGACCAUUUUCUCCGGCAGAAUAUGGCCCAAACGACCCUUAUUUCGGCUAAUCUAUCGCGCCUUGAACGCUGAUGGCAAGUACAAGAGCGUUUCCCAAGACGUCUCAGUGCGCAACAUGACUGUCAGUCACGGGGAAAGUGACUCAGGCGGGGUGUACGAGAGCUCGUGCUUCUUCGUCAAGCACAUUCCUAGUCAGCACGAAUUCAUCUUCUUCGGAGAUGUCGAACCCGACAGCAUUUCCUUGAAACCCAGGAAUGUCGACGUCUGGCGUGCAGCCGCACCCAAGAUCCCACACCACCUGUCUGCCAUAUUCAUCGAAUGCUCGUAUCCGGCAGGUCGGCCCACCGAGACCCUUUAUGGCCAUCUGAGCCCCGACCAUUUGGUUCAGGAGAUGCUGAAUCUUGCCGCAGAGGUCGUUCUUGCACGUAGUUCUUCAAAGAAAAGGGGCGUCCGAGUCCGGAAGAGGCAGAAGAGAGAUAUGACAUCGCCAGAAGUCCUUUACGGUGCACUCGGUGGCCUUAGAGUAUUUCUCACGCACUGCAAGGAGACGUUUUCAUCGGACCGCCCAAUAAACCACCUCAUUAGAGAUCAGUGUAGAGACUUGCUCAAGCCACACAACCUUGGCGUAGAGAUUCUUACAGCGGACCAGGGAAUGAAGAUUGGGAGAGCCGGGUUUAUCUUUUCUUGUGAAUUAUUAUUGGUCACGUCAUUCGCCUUCGGUCAACGUAUAUACCGUGUGUCAUAGUUCACCACUUAUUAGUUGUAGCCUUACCACAACUUCCCGAUCUUCGAUCUUCGACAUCUCCUACUUACUUAGGACUGUGUAUGUACAUGUAGAGCUUUUUCUUGGGACUCAGAUCAUGAUCGUGAACCGCU